UCUCUGAAUUGGACUGUUGCAGGCGCUGGUAGGCCUCAGCUCCGUUUGCUUUCCUUUAUUUGACCUAUCGGGGUUUAUUUUCCAUUUCACUAUCGCUGGGAGACUGCAGCUGUUUCUGGCAAACUCCAAAACACACAAACUCCAAUCCCCUUCGCCUAGAACUUCGUCAUUCACCACCCCCCAAACACCCACACAUACAGAGCGAGGCCACCUCACUCUCCUCGUUCCUUCCAUCGCGCAAUCACAACCACAAACCCGAUAUCUCUAGAAUAGCUCGCCCGAGCCGAUCUCUUGAAAACUUUAUCCACCCCCGCCCCGCCUGCUUUCUUGCUCUCGAGAUUUCCUUCUUGCACACUCCCACUCCUACACCACCACAACAACGAUGGACACGGAAAUGGAAGAAGCGCCGUCGGCACGGCCGCAGUUGCAGUCACACCACCCAAUCGGGAAUAUUGACUUGAUGGAUAUGGAUGAGCCAGUUUCGAACGGCUCGUCUGAAGGCUCUCCUGAUACUCUCGCGGAUGAUGCUCUGGCCAACGCCGAGAAUACCGACCAAGAAGAUGAUGACCACGACACCAAAAAAUGGGUCAUCAAUGAUGCGCGGAAGCCGCGCAAGAUCUCGGAAAUGAAACGAGCAGAUAAUGCCGCCUUCGACGUGUGGAUCGAGGAGAACCAGCAGGACCUCUCCAAGGGCCUGGAUAAAUUUAUUGUCGACGACGACGGCAAGACUUUCCAGUCGCUGAUCAGGGACUUUGAGAACAAGCGCAUCAUCACGAGCCCACGCGACUACCAGCUCGAGCUUUUCGAGCGGGCAAAGAUGCAGAACACGAUUGCUGUGCUCGACACGGGCUCUGGCAAGACCCUGAUCGCGGCCUUGCUCUUGCGAUGGGUCAUCCAAAACGAACUGGAGGAUCGGUCCAAAGGCCUCCCCAAGCGUAUUGCCUUCUUCCUUGUCGACAAGGUGGCUCUCGUGUUCCAGCAGCAUGCCGUCCUGGCCUGCAAUCUGGACUACCCCGUCGAGAAGUUCUGUGGUGACAUGGUCGAGGACGUGUCCAAAGACUUUUGGCACAAGACCUUCGACGAGAACAUGGCCAUCAUCUGCACGGCUGAGAUUCUUUACCAAUGCCUCACUCACUCCUACAUCCGGAUGGACCAGAUAAACCUUCUGGUCUUUGACGAGGCCCACCACACCAAGAAGAACCAUCCAUACGCUCGUAUCAUCAAGGACUUCUACGCCCAAGUGGAGGACCGAGAAAAGAGGCCGCGCAUCCUCGGCAUGACCGCCUCUCCUGUCGAUGCCCAGAUCGACCCAAAGAUCGCCGCCGCCGAGCUCGAAGGCCUCCUUCACAGUCAGAUUGCCACUGUUGCUGACCCAACCGCUCUUCAGAACAGCUCAACCAAGCUAAAGAGCGAGGUGAUAGCUGUGUAUGGCAAGCGUCCGCCAGAGUGGGACACCAAACUCAACCAAGCCCUGAAGGAUCUGGUCGGUGACCAUCGCGUGUUCCAGAAGCCUUUUGCCUUCACUGCCGCGGCAGCAGCGGAGCUUGGCCCCUGGUGCGCCGACCGGUACUGGCAGCUUUUCUUUAGGAACGAUGAGGUGGCCAAACUGGAGUCCAAGACGCAGAGAGAGGUUCUCCGUCAAUCCGCGUAUAGCCAAGAAAUAGCCGCGCACAUUGACAAGGUGCGGGAGGCGCAUAGGAUAGUGGAUCAGCACGACUUCGCACCUCCGAGUCUCGACCUACUCUCGUCCAAGGUCAUCAUACUGCUGAGGAUUCUCCGAGGUCAGUUCCGCGGCGUCGACCACAAGCGGCGAUGUAUUGUGUUCGUCAAACAGCGGAACGUUGCUUCACUCCUCGUCGACCUGCUGCAGCAGCCGGGGAUGGAAAUUCCAGGCCUCAAGCCUGGUAUACUGGUUGGAGGCGGCCGUCCUGAGGCGAGCUACGACAACGCCAAAGUGACUUAUCGUGACCAGGUCUUGACAAUCAUCAAGUUCAAGAAAGGCGAGCUCAACUGCAUCUUUGCCACUUCCGUGGCCGAGGAAGGGCUCGACAUCCCGGACUGCAACGUCAUCCUCAGAUACGACCUCAACAACACCCUGAUCCAGUACAUCCAGUCCCGCGGAAGAGCUCGCCAGGAGGGGUCGAUAUACAUUCACAUGGCCGAAUCGGGGAACGCAGAACAUGUAAAGAAGUUAAGUCAGAACCAAGAGAACGAAGACGCCCUCCGAAAGUUUUGCGAGGCCCUGCCCGAAGACAGAAAGCUCACCGGAAACAACUUCGACAUGGAUUACUUCCUGCGCAAGGAAAAGGGUCAGAGGCAGUACACCGUCCCGGAAACCGGCGCGAGGCUUAAUUACAAGCAGAGCUUGAUAUGUCUGGCAGCCUUUGUGGCUUCUCUCCCGCACCCGCCCGAGGUCAACCUGACAGCCGGUUACGUCGUCCUACCCGUCCCCGGCGGCUACCAGUGCGAGGUGACGCUACCGGACUCAUCUCCUAUCAGGAACGCCACCGGGAGGAUAUAUGCGAGCAAGGCGGUGGCCAAGUGCUCGGCAGCCUAUGAGAUGUGUCUUAUGCUUAUCAAGCGCAAGUAUCUCGAUGAGCACCUGCGGCCCAUCUUCACCAAACAGCUCCCCGCUAUGCGCAACGCUCGUCUCGCUGUAAGCUCCAAGAAGAAGGAGCAAUACACGAUGCGCAUUAAGCCCGAGCUUUGGUCUGCCCGAGGCGAGCCCAUGGAGCUCUUUGCCAUGGCCUUGACCGUAGCGGACCCGGCCGCACUCAGCCACCGUUCUUCUCCGAUCAUUUUCUUGACCCGGCAGCCGAUCCAACAGAUCGCUUCGUUUCCACUCUACUUUGGAAAGAACCGCUCCUCGGCAGUUCACUGUGUUCCGCUGCCCGGACGGCUCGAACUCGAUGACAAUCAGAUCCGAGGGCUGGUCGCCGUUACCUUGACCAUCUUCAAGGACGUCUUCAGCAAGGAAUACGAGGCCACCGCUGCCCAACUUCCGUAUUUCCUCGCCCCAACGUUAAUGCAACACGACUCUGACUUCCCGUCUGUGACUGAGCCGACCCGCGCCGUCGAUUGGAACGCAGUGUCGUUCAUUCAGGACAACGAACGCAUUGCCUAUACUUUCAACGAGCCGGAUGACUUCUUCAAGGACAAGUAUGUUGCUGAUCCGUACGAUGGUUCCCGGAAGUUCUUCCUGCGAGGCCGCCGCCAUGACAUGAAGUCGACAGAUCCGGUCCCUGAGGGCAUCGUCGACCCGGGCCACAGGGCCUGGCGGGUAUCUUGCAAGACGAAAGACAUUCUCAACUACAGCCUCAGCGCGUGGUCAAAGUCACGCACGUUCCUGACUCCGAGGGAGGACCAGCCGGUUGUCGAGGCGGAGGUAUUGCCCAUCCGCCGCAACCUGCUGGAUGACAACAUCGGGGAUGAUGAUCUGGAGCCAAAACCGUGCUUCCUCGUGCUGGAGCCCCUGAGAAUCUCGCCGUUACCGGUGGACAUGGUCGCCAUGGCGUACAAUUUCCCGGCCAUCAUGCACCGCAUCGACUCGAACCUCGUCGCCCUCGAAGCGUGCAAGAUGCUUGAUCUGGAUGUCCGACCGGACCUCGCGCUCGAGGCGUUCACCAAGGACAGCGACAACUCGGGCGAGCACGAUGCGGAACAGGUCAACUUCCAGAGCGGCAUGGGCAACAACUACGAGCGGCUGGAAUUUCUCGGCGACUGCUUCCUCAAGAUGGCCACCACCAUCUCCAUCUUCACCCUCAUCCCGGACAAGGCCGAGUUCGAGUACCACGUCGAGCGCAUGCUUCUGAUCUGCAACCGCAACCUCUUCAACAACGCGCUCGAGGUCAAACUCGAAGAGUACGUCCGCUCCAUGGCCUUCGACCGGCGGAGCUGGUACCCGGAGGGCCUGACGCUGAAGAAGGGCAAGCGCAAGGACCUCAAGCGGCAGCACGUCCUCGCGGACAAGACCAUCGCCGACGUGUGCGAGGCGCUCAUCGGCGCGGCCUACCUUACCGCGCAGGAACAGACGCCGCCCAACUUCGACCUCGCCAUCCGCGCCGUCACCACCAUGGUCAGGGACAAGAACCACGCCAUGACGUGCUACCAGGACUACUACGCCGCCUACCGCCCACCGGCCUGGCAGACCGCCCCCUGCAACUCAACCCAACUCGACAUGGCGGCGCGCUUCCACACCCGCAUGGGCUACGCCUUCACGCACCCACGAUUACUACGCUCGGCCUUCCAGCACCCGACCUACCCCUCGGUCUACGAACGACUACCAUCCUACCAGCGACUCGAGUUCCUAGGCGACGCGCUGCUGGACAUGGCCUCGGUCGAGUUCCUGUUCCACCGGUUCCCGGGCGCCGACCCCCAGUGGCUGACCGAGCACAAGAUGGCCAUGGUGUCGAACCAGUUCCUGGGCUGCCUGGCCGUGCACCUGGGCUUCCACCGCGCCGUCGCCUACUGCUCGCCCGCCAUCCAGAAGGAGGUCGCCGAGUACGUGACGGAAAUCGAGACGGCGCUGCAAGCGGCGCGCGAGGAGGCCGUCGCGCGGGGCGGGCCGCCCGGGGGGGAGUUUGCGCGCGACUUUUGGGUGCGCUGCUCGCGCCCGCCCAAGUGUCUCCCGGACGUGGUCGAGGCAUACGUCGGUGCCGUGUUUGUCGACAGUCGCUAUGAUUUUGGGCGGGUGCGUGCCUUCUUUGCGGAUCAUGUCCGCCCCUUCUUUGAGGACAUGCGGCUCUAUGAUGCCUUUGCCAAUAAGCACCCGGUUACCUUUCUCGCGGGGGUCAUGCAGGGCCGCAUGCGCUGCAGUGAGUGGCGGCUGUUGGUCAAGGAUCUGCCACCUGCUGCUGCCGCUGAUGGGGCGGGUCAUGGGGUGGUUGAUCUGGAUAAACCCCAGGUGGUGUGUGCUGUGCGGGUGCAUGGCCUGACGCUGGCGCAUGCUGUGGCUGCGAGUGGACGGUAUGGCAAGAUUGCGGCGGCGAAGAAGGCGGUUAAGGUGCUGGAGGGGAUGGAUGUGGAGGAGUUUAGGAAGGCAUAUGGCUGUGCUUGCGUGUUGGAGGAGCCGGCGGCGGAGGGGGAGGAGGUGGUGAGUUUGGAAGGGGGGGAUCAUGGGUCGGCGAUUUAGAGGGCGAAGGGAUGACUACGAGACACCUGCCUGGCUUAUGGUUUGGCGAUUUUAAGGAGGCUUAGUUGCUUGGGGAGAUACCUGGUUACUCUACCUCGUUACUCUAGUUACUUUAUUGCAAUGCAUACAUGGAGAUUUUAUGACCAACUCUCUUUUCAUGAGACACUCACUGUGCUCAACUUUUUGAGGUGAGAGUGAAUAA